GCGUGGCUUCAUAUUUUUGAGGACGUCGACAAGAAAGAGGAGCUCCCAGUCCGUCAGCACCGCGACCGAGACGAGCAGGAAGAGAAGAAGAAGAAGAAGAACUGCUCGUAUUAAACCAAUAAAACAUCCAGAAGAAGAAGACAAGAUGGUCGCCAAGCAGAGGAUCCGCAUGGCCAACGAGAAGCACAGCAAGAACAUCACGCUGCGGGGGAACGUGGCCAAGUCAACGAGGAGCGUCACUGAGGAUAAAGGUGUGGGUCCGUGGCUGCUUGCUCUCUUCAUCUUCGUCGUCUGUGGAUCAGCCAUCUUCCAGAUCAUCCAGAGCAUCAGGAUGGGCAUGUAAUGAUGUCACAGGCAGGAGGCGGAGCCAGGGCUGAAGGAGGAUGACAAACAUCACCGGAGCACCAUCUUCCCGCCCCGGCGUGAACCAACCGGAACAUUCCUGAACUCUGACAGCUGUCUGCAGCACACAAAACAACCAAACAACCCCCCCCCCCCCCCCCCCCACCUCCACCUCCACCUCCACCCACCUACUGCCGCCCUGACCCCCCUGGUAUCAGUGUUGAUUUAAAGUGUCGCUGCCCACUGACCUUCUCAGUCGUUCUGCCUGUAAACAAGCCAUACAUGUGCCUUUCUGUGUUUACCUGUGCUUUAGCCCCGCCCCCUGUGAUUCCACCUUAUCAGUGCGGGGAGGGGGUCAUAGUCCAACCUGCUCCAGGACUGUUUAAUCCAGACCACAAUAUCCACAUUAUGUACUUGUUCCAGUCUGUUUGGACUCUUUUUUUUCACAUUCCAGCUGCCAUUCUGAUCUGAGAUCUGUCCUCGUCCUCCUCCACUUUCACCUUGUGCCCCUCCUCCUCCCCUUGAAAAGAAAUGCGAUGAAGGUCUUUUGAAUCAGAAGGUUGGAGGUGUUGACGGGUGUGUCUGCACUGUGUUCAGACACACCUGAGCGAUCAUGUUCACUAAAUAAAGUUUCCUUUUGAAGAUGGACGUCAUCUUUGUCUUUUCCGUUAAUAAAACAUGUGCCCAGUG